AUGGGCAGUGCUGCAAAAACUGCUCUUCCCUCGUCAUUGAUUAAACAAAUGUCUGUGGAAGUCUCCCUGUGUGGUCUUACCCCUCAAGUGUUGUUUUCUAUAUGCUGCAAACCCAAUCAGCUGUUUUCACACCUUCCUGUCCUCUCCUCUUCAGAGAAGCCAGAUUUCCAAACCAAUAUUGUACUCAAGAGGCUGGCUUCCCUCGCCAGACAGGACACAGCUAAACAAACCAACAGCUUGGAGGCGCAGAUCUGCUUGACACACAAAGAAGCCAAAGGACUCUUCUGUGAGGUUGACAAGACCCUGCUCUGUGGCCCCUGCUCUGAGUCCCCAGAACAUGCAGCUCACAGCCACAGUCCAAUACAAUGGGCUGCUGAGGAAUACCGGGAGAAACUUCUAAAGAGAAUGGGCUCUUUAUGGAAAAUGACACAAGAAAUGCAAAACCAUCUGAAUCUGGAAACUCACAAAACUCCGUCAUUAGAGAACUAUGCGGCCAUAAGGAAGGUGAUGAUCAAAGUUCAGUAUCAGAGGAUCCACUUGUUUCUCCAGGAGCAGGAGCAACUCCAUCUGGAGGCGCUGGAGGAAGAAGCGAAGGAGACUCUUCAGCAACUCAGGGAGAGUGAAUUCAGAAUGACUCAACAGAAAGAAAAUCUGAAAGAAAUGUACAGAGAGCUGACUGAGAUGUGCCACAAGCCCGACUUGGAGCUGCCCCAGAACUUGGGCAAUGUAUUGGAAAGGACUGAUUUGGUACAGAUGCAAAAGCCUCAGCCAGUGAACCCAGAGCUCACUUCCUGGCCUGUCACUGGAAUCCUAGACAUGCUGAACAGCUUCAGAGUGGAUAACGUUCUGAGUCAGAAAACGACCAUUCACAAUGUGAGCUUUUCUGAGGAUGAUACAACUAUGAUAUAUGGAGAUGACCAUCAUGGUGUGUCCAGAGAGCUCCAGGGUGCAGAGAGUUUUGUGGCCUGGGGAGCUGUGGCCUUCACCUCCGGAAGGCAUUACUGGGAGGUGGAUGUGACACAUUCCUCGAACUGGAUUCUGGGAGUCUGUAAAGAUAUCUUGACAAGCAAUACUGUUAUCAGUAUUGAUUCUGAAGAAGCAUUUUUGCUAUCUUCUAUGAAAGUGAACAAUCAUUAUAUUCUGUCCACGAACUCCCCACCCUUAAUUCAGUAUGUGCAAAGGCCUCUGGGUGGGAUUGGAGUGUUUCUGGAUUAUGACAACGGAAUUGUGAGCUUCUAUGAUGUUUGCAGAAGUUCCCUCAUAUAUACUUUCUUUCCUUCAAUCUUUUCCUCCCCUCUGAAGCCUUUCCUUUGCCUUAGAGCGAGUGCAGAAGUUCCUCUGCUUUCUGGUAUUCAGUGUGUCACCAGUGUUACAUUUUCGCAGCCAUCACCAGUUGCUGGAUUGUCAUGGGGCACUUUAAAGACCGAAGCUGCAAACUUUCCUGAAGAAGCAUUACUCUUCACCUUCUACAACGCAGGUUCCCAACCAAGUUUUAGAAUCUGGUGUCCAUUGUCAGAAAAGCAAAUCUCGGGCAAUUUCCUGAACUCUGAGGAACAUAUGUGUGGGACCCAUAAGGAGACAAAGAAGAUCUUCUGUGAAGCCAACAAGAGCUUGCUCUGUUUGGUCUGCUCUCAAAGUCAGGAGCACAGGGCUCACAGACACCGUUCCACUGAAGAGGCUGCUGAGGAAUACUGGGAGAAGCUGGCAAACGAAAUGAGAUCUUUAUGGGAAAAGACCCAAGAAAUUGAAAGAAAUCUCAAGAAAAAUGGCAGAGGAACUGACCUUUGGAUGUUCUACGUGUAUCGAUAUGGAGACAUGAUUAGGAAAACUUAUCAGAUGGUAACUCCAUUUCUUCAGGAGGAAGAAAAUUACUACUUAGGGAGUAUUAUAAAAGAAAGCCAAAAGAUUUGUAAGAAAAUCAGAAAAAGACAAGAGGAAAUGAGUGGUAAGAAGACAGACCUCAAAGUAAUAUACAAAGAGCUCAUGAAAAUGUCCUAUAAACCAGAUGUGGAGCUGCUCCAGGAAUUGGGAGACAAAGUGAAAUGGAGCGAGUCAGCACAGCUGCACAUGCCUCAGCCUCUGCUGCCAGAACUGCGUGCACGACCCAUCACUGGGCUGAUGGACUGGCUCAACCGCUUCCGAGUAACAAUUUCAUUCCAUAAUGAAGUAAGCAGACAGCACAUCAGGCUGUUUGAUGAUGCAAGAAGUUUGAAGUAUGAGCGUGACAGCCUCUAUGUGUCUUUGGAUGGCACAACAUCGCAGUAUUUUGCUGCAUGGGGAUCCCGGGGCUUCACCUCUGACAAACAGUACUGGCAGGUGGAUGUGGACGGCUCUUGGGACUGGGCUGUAGGCAUCUGUAAGGAUUCCUGGACAAGGAAGGAUGAUGGCAUACUGAAGGAAUCCAACAGGGACAACUUUCUCCUUGUGUGUGUGAAGGAGGGUCAUCAUUACCGUCUCUGGACCACCAUCCCGAACACUCCUCGGUACAUAGGGAAACCUCAGGGCAGGGUUGGCGUGUUCCUUGAUUUUGACAGUGGGAGUAUGGGUUUUGUGGACGUUGCCAGGCGCUCCCUCCUUUGGAGGUACGAGGAUGGCCUGUUCACUUACCCUGUCAGGCCUUUCAUUUGCACUGGCCGCACGUGA